GCUCAAGUUAUUGAUGUUGGGCAAAAUGCAGCCACCCGUGAAGACACAUAGCCGAACGCCUCUCUCCUUGUCCCUGCAUUUGAUUAGCGGAUGGGAAUCGUCUGUUCAUCUGAACAGGUACCUUGGUACCUAGGUAUUCAUUCUCGACACAGUUCAGGACGGGAGUGUCUGGGUCCCUCCUGCCAUGCAGAAAUACAGAAUCUCCCUUCCAAGUUCCACCCAAAUUUCUCUCAACUUUCUCUCAGCCUUCCAUCCUGCUCCUUCCUCAUCACUCUUCAAUUUACCACCCUCUGUUUCAUUCUCAUAAACGUCAAACCUCGGCCACCUAGCAAGAGAGCUGCAAAUGUGCUCGUUCUAGGAGAUGGUCGCCAUUCUACUCUCCAUGCUAGGCAUUCUCCCCGGCCUCGUCGCUGCCGUAGCCGCAGCCGCCGGGGCCGGCGGAUUCUCCAACUUCCGUCAGAAGUGCGCGACUCCGUGGCUCGAGGGCGGAACCACACUCAGGGCCCCAUGUAGGGAGGCGUGCUCGUGGUGCCGCUCCUUCUACCUCUCGGCCGUGGACCUGAACGCGUGUGUCGGAGUUGACGCGCACGGCAACCUCGUCGGUUGGGAGAACGGCAAUUUCUCCGACUCCUGCACGCACUGCUUCACGACCUGGACUGACCCUGAUAUCCUCCGAUGCCGAUGCUCAGACUCUCACCACAAUCUCCAAGACACGACUUUGAACCUCAACUCGGUCGUUGGAAACCACUGCGGCCGCCUGGCCUGCUGGAGGCAUAUCUCGGUCCUCGGGCCUCCGCUGAGCAAGCCUGACCCCAUGCAAUGCGGCGUGAACUCGGACGACGCAAGCGGCGUCAAGCUGGAAGUACAAACCGCACCGCCGCCACGUCCAUCAGGUACUCUGGGGUGAACUGGCCGAGUUAUAGUUCUUUGCAACCAGUAAAGGUUGUU